CCUUGCCAGCAGCCCUGUUCCAAUGAGGUACAGAGAAAAAAAGAGUGAAAUCUUAGGGUUGUUCAGAGCUGGGCUGGCCCUUGAGUCUGUAACUGCCAGCAAAUCUGACCUCUCUGCUCAGCAAAACCCCUUAGUUCUGGUAUUGGGAGAUGGUGAAACACUUUUACCUCACUCUGUGUUGUUUGUUUUCUUCCAGUGAAGCCAAAAGGCUGGAAUUAGGAAGGCAGCAGAUGGAAUACACAAUGGCUGAUCCACACCUAGCGAGGCGGAGGCUGCAGAGGCUCCUGGAGGCGCUGUCGGAGCGGCAGCAGCUGGCCCUGCGCAGGAACCGCGCCCUGCGCCACGAAUUCCUGCGGCUGGGGGCUCACAUGGACACCAGGGGCUGGCGCUGCAUCCGGGAGUUGGAAGUAACUCUCUCUAAGGCUCGGUCACGGGAAUGGUACGGGAGGGAAAUUAAAAACCUGUUAUCCCUUGGAGAGGGCGGCUCGUCAGCAGGAGGUGACAAGGAGGGAGGAUCCAGCGAGCAGGUGCUGCAGGCUGGGACUGGCAGCAGUAGAGCCGUGCCAGGAGAAUUGCUGGGCUGUUCCACCCCAGCUGCCUCGGGCACAGGAGGUUUGGGCUCCCCUGAAGGACUCUGUCCUGAGACUGGCAGCACUGCUGGAGAGAGUGAGGAGGGAGCAGCAGGACACAGGGAGCUGGCUGCCAGUGAGGAAGGCUCUGAGCAGCUCAGCUCAGCCCCCCUGAGGCCGGGACAUGUUCCAGGGGCAAAGCCUGGCCUGAGCAGGCAGGGGAGCAGUGCUGAGCUGCCAGUCCCUGCUGAGGAGGAGGAGGAGGAGGAGGCGAGGCCGAGCAUUCCCAGCACACAGCAGGAGCAGGGCAGGGAUGCCCGGGCUCUGGAGCCCUUGGACAGCUCAGCACCAGCCAGGACAGAGCUCUCGGAGCUCUGCCACGCACUGCAGCUCCUGCAGGACCUGGUGGAGAGGACGAGCCCCCAGCACCGGGCACUGUACCAGGGCCAGCCCUCGGAGCUGCCCAGGCUGGCUCAGGGUGACCUGGAGGUGAUGGAAGCCAUGGUGCUCCAGCAGCUCCAGCAGGCCGUGUCCCCAGGGAUUGGGAGCCUCCUGGAGGAGCACAGCAGGGACACGGGGGCGCUGAGGACGCUCCUGGGCCACCACGGCUUGUUCCUGAGGCAGCACCGCGUUCGGCUCCCGGAGGGCGUGGCAGAGAUGUUUGAGCAGCUGCUGGCUUCGGCAGAGGAGGGGCAGGACAGUCAGGUGCUGGGAGAGGCCCUUCCAGGAGAGCCUGGCACUGUCCAGAGUGAUGAAUCCUCUCUGCUCCUGCCAUCGAUCCCAACCAACGGUGGGGAAGGAAGGCAGAGGGAGCUGGCACAGAGAGAAGCAGGCAGGGAUCCCAGGCACGGCAGUCCCGAAGGAAGCAGCAGCCCGGGCACACAUUUGGAAAGCAGCUCUGAGUCAGAUGGAAGCACUCCUCCCUCCUCCAGGACUGAAUUGCGGAAGGAGGCGAUAGCUGCCAUAAAAUCCAAAGCGUUCUGGGGCGAAUCUGAGGAGAGCAGCUCCGAGCUGGAGGCUGCCCUGCGCCCGCAGACCCACGGCGCAGACUCGGAUGACUUCGAUGACUUCUAUGACUGAGAUUGUCCCGCUGGCUUUUGGGAGGGCAGAAACAAGCGGUGUGGGAAGAAACAA